GGGUUAAUAUUAUGCACAACACAGUAGGUCGAGUAGUUGCAUUAUAUAUGCUGUUUUAUAUAGGUCAUAUCAUGUUACUGUGAAUUAAUUUUAUCGACAUCCAAUUAAAGAAUACGUGCGAUCUAGUUAGAUAUAGUAGCAUAAACUAAUACUAUGCACUCGCUUUUGACCUUAUUCUUUAAAUCUUAUCGAACAAUACCCACACGCACUAAUUUACAUACAGAUCGCUUAUGAAUCAUCUUGACCGGAAUGACAUGACAUUAACUUGUUCUGACCUGUUUUUGAUUGAUCCAAUAUUAUUCUUGCAUUGUUCCGUUGUGCUAUUUAUACGUGGAUUAAUUUUAAUUAGGUUAUUUAUUCUGUGAAGAAGUGACUUACACUAAGUCACGAAAAGUCAGAAGAAUCUAAAUUUCGACUCAUUGAGAUAUUACAAAUAUAUUAUUUUUUACUUAGAAACCCAUAAUCGUCACGAAACUAUCACACGUAAAUCCUACACUUCACCUUAUUCUUUUGACAUGAAUGAUAUAAACAGACCCACAAUGGUUAAUUUCACUAUUUGAUCAAGAACAAUGCCGAAUUGUUUAGUGUUGCUCGUUACGAUGAUAUCUUGCUCCACAGUGUGGUCACUUGAAACGCUGGAAACUACAACCGAGGAUCACACAAAUUCCAAUAGCUCAGAAACACAAACAAGACUUUUGUACAGUUGGUCACCGCCAGUAAAAUGCAUGAGACUAUUUAGCUUCUACAAAAACAUGGAUUAUUGGAUCGAUUAAUAUGACAGUAAUCCAUAAUUGAGUUUAGAUACACUAGUGCAGAUGUUCAAUGCAAGGCAAGUGAUGUUUCGUGGUCGAUAUAUACUAGUUCAACCAGAUACAUGUGUUACAAUCAUUCGUCGAGGUGGACUACGAUCAGUUGGAUCCAUAAUGAAGUGUUUAGUAUGGCCUAGAAACAGUGUUCAUUCACCUUGUAAUAUACCACGAGAGUCAACGAGAAUGUCUGAUGAAAGUGGGAAAAAUAUUGUUGAUGCACUGAAUCAGGAGUGGAAUUCUCGAGACGAAACACCCAAUGAAUUUGACCCAGGUUCACCAAAAAAAUACAGUGAAAAUGUCAAUAUUAUUACAAAGUGA